GCAGAGGGCUAUUUAUAUGGCCAAUGCAUAAUAAUCAAGUGCGCAAAGUUGGAUGAUGAUCAUGUUUUUUUUUUGUUGUUUUGUUACAUCGAUUGCGGCGACGUUUAUCUAAUCUACGAAGCGUCAAGAGGGCGGGCGGGCGUUAGAGAGAGUGAGUGAAUGAGAAAAGGAGAAAGAGGGGAAACUCGUUUGGCGAUCGUCGGGUGUUUGUUUCGCGCUUUGGCCACGCGAUGCGCGUAUGUUAUAUGGGUCGACGUGUUGAUUGGAUAUUAUUAUGUGAAAUGAAUCAAGGAAAGAGAAGAAAGAGAAAAAACAGAUCGCGUUGCGUUGGCUGCUGCCGUCGUUGCUACAUGCGUCGCGUUUGGCCUAUCUGUAAAUUGCGGAAUGCCGGGACGAGGAGAAAGGGAGAUGAGGUUGUUGAUGGCGUGUGUGCCUCGAGGAACGCACACACACAGUUGAUAGUGGAGACACACUGGUGCACAUCGUCUUGGAAGCAGAUCAGUAGCAACAGCAGCAGCAGCAGCAACUAUGAGUGGACAAUGCGAAGAGGAUAACAUCCUCGAGAAGUUGCUGCAAAAGAGGAAAACACAAUUCCAGAGGACAACCUCGAUUCGCAUCGGGGAAAGAGCCAACUAUGUGAACAGUCCGCACGUAAUCGCGAUGGUCGGAUUGCCGGCUCGCGGGAAGACGUACAUCUCGAAGAAGCUGUCGCGUUACCUCAACUGGAUCGGCAUCAAUACUCGGGUCUUCAAUCUGGGCGAGUACAGAAGACACGCGACGACCGCAUACAAGAGCCACGAGUUCUUCCGGCAGGACAACACGGAGGCGAUGGCGAUAAGGGCGCAGUGCGCGGUCGAAGCUCUGCAGGACGUCUGCCUUUGGCUGGAGAACGGUGGCGAGGUGGCCGUCUUCGAUGCGACGAAUUCGACGGUCGACAGACGCAAGGUCAUCCACGACAUUGUCGUCCAGAAGAUGGGCUUUAAGCUGUUCUUCGUGGAGUCGGUGUGCGACGAUCCGCUGAUCAUCGAGCAGAACAUCAUGGAGGUGAAAGUGAGCAGUCCCGAUUACACCAAUAUGAACAAGGACGCCGCUCUGAUGGACUUUUUGAAACGCAUCGAGCACUACCAGGAGCGAUACCAGCCGCUGGACGAGCACAAGGAACGCGACAUCUCCUUCAUGAAAAUCUACAAUACGGGUGAAAAGUGCGUCGUCCACAAGCACGAGGGGCACGUGCAGGCGCGCAUCGUCUACUACCUCAUGAACAUCCACAUAACACCGAGGACGAUAUACCUGACGAGGCACGGGGAGAGCGAGCAGAAUCUGGACGGUCGCAUCGGCGGUGAUUCGAAUCUGAGCGAGCGCGGAAAGCUGUACGCGAGCGCCCUCUCCAAGUACAUCAAGGAGCAGAACAUCGAGGGUCUGCGCGUCUGGACGUCGUGGCUGAAGCGCACCAUUCAGACGGUGUCCGGGGUGACGGCGCCGCAGGAGCGAUGGAAGGCGCUGAACGAGAUCGACGCCGGCAUCUGCGAGGAGAUGACCUACGAGGAAAUCAAGGAAAAGUAUCCGGAGGACUUUUGCGCUCGCGACCAAAACAAAUUCGCUUACCGUUAUCCGCGCGGCGAGAGUUACGAGGAUCUGGUGGCGCGUCUCGAACCCGUCAUCAUGGAGCUGGAGAGGCAGGGCAACGUGCUCGUCGUCUCGCAUCAGGCGGUGCUGCGAUGCCUUUUGGCCUACUUUUUAGACAAAUCCGCCGAGGAACUUCCCUACCUGCGGGUGCCGCUGCACACGAUCAUCAAGCUGACGCCCGUCGCGUACGGUUGCCGAGUGGAGCACAUACAGUUGCCCAUCGAAGCCGUCGACACGCACAGAUCGAAGCCCAAGAUUCCCGGUGAACUCGAGGAAAAGUUCCUGCACAGGCAGAAAACCAAUCUCGGCCGGAAAUCUUAGGCAAAGACGAGUGCGGCGGCGGCGGCGGCGACGGUGACGACGGCCAAACAAGUGACUUUCGUUGUUUCCUAAAUAAUCCCCGCCGACCGUUGACCAACGAACAAACAAUAGAGGACGACCUCAAACUAAUCUAAUAUAUAUAUACAAAUAUGCAAAAGAAAGAAACAAACACAAAUUAGAAUAUGGGAAAAGAAGAUAUCGUUUCCGAAUUACGUGGAAUCGAUGUGAUUUGAGAGAUUAUGUACGCUGGUGAUUCGAGAAGAUUUUGAAAUUAUAUAAAUUGAAUGUGAUUAUUAUACAUAUUAUUAUAUUUAU